UUCCUUGCAUGGCUUCCCUUCUGAAAUUCACUUCAACUUCCUACCCUCUUUUAGAACUUCUCCAUAUAAAAGCUUCCUUUUAUCGCAGUCCAAAAAUGUAAGCCUUAUUUUUCUUUUCUUUUUCUUUUCGUCUUCUUCAUUACCAUGGCAAGUUCUGAAGAGAAACCAAUCUUCAUGCACAAGAAUCCACCAUCAAAGCAUCAAGACGUAAAAGUAGAAUUAGAUGUUGAUCUUGAGCAUGAAGAUGAAGUUUUGGGUAAAGGGUGUGAUUGGUUCAGUUUCUUCUGCCUCAAUUGGCGGCGAAACGACAUCGAUGAAACUGAUUCCUUAUUGCCCCAGAGAGGAGAGCACACGGAGACAUGGUGGAAAUGCAAACUGAAGAAACUGAAAGAAGUCUCCGAAAAACUAGCAGGGCCAAAGUGGAAGAAUUUUAUCAGGAAGAUGAGUGGAUAUUGCAAUAAGCGGAAGACACAAAAGAACAGGUUUCAAUACGAUCCUUUUAGCUACGCUCUCAACUUUGAUAAUGGUGCAGAUAAAGAAGGAGAUGAUUUGCAUCAGGAUUUCUCGUCCAGGUUUGCCGCUCCAUUUGCAGAUGAGAGACAACGAGCCGGGUCAGGAAUGUAAUCACACUGUUUUUUGUGAUUGGCAUAUAUCUUUCUUAUCAGCUUAUGUAAACUAAUGAUACGAAUCCAAAUAUUUGCACAUGUUUUCCUCAUAUCCUUUUAGAAUCCAUGUUAAGUAUAGUAAUAUUCUUUGGUUUAUUUUGAUUCUUGCAAGCCUGGAGGUAAAUUUAAUUUCAAGUAAUGGGUUUAAUGUCAAUUAAUUAAUUGGUAUAUAUGUAGUGCCUCUGAAAUGAAGUUUGAAUAGAAUCUGUUUUAUGUUUGCACCUUAA